UUCCCAGCCCAAUGUCUAGGUCUACAAUUACUGCUGGACUGGGCACCCCAGAGACUCUGCAAUGCCGCUACGAUCAAUUGCCGGUGGAUUACUUCGUACUUUGAAUCCAUAUCCCUCAAAUUCGCGAUGACAUGGGUUUUUCUUCCUGACGCUCAGCUCCCAGGCACCUGGGCGUGGGGAAAGAAUUCCGCAUAUCUGAACUACUGGGUCCAAAGCCGCCUCUAG